AUGUGCGUUGACUUCACGGAUCUGAAUAGGGCCUAUUCGAAGGACUUCUAUCCCUUGCCGAGAAUUGACCAGCUGGUUGACUCGACAAGUGGCCAUGCUCUACUCAGCUUCAUGGACGCAUUUUCUGGGUACCAUCAGAUUUUCAUGCACCCCGAUGACAGAGCAAAAACGGCAUUUGUUACAAGCGCCGGGGUGUAUAAUUACAAAAUGAUGCCCUUCGGCCUGAAGAACGCCGGGGCUACGUAUCAGAGGUUGGUGGACCAAGUGUUUGCCGAACAAAAAGGCCGCAACAUGGAGGUCUAUGUUGACGAUUCCAUCGUCAAAAGCAAAGAAGCAAAAGAUCAUGUUGCGGACCUAGCUGAAACGUUCGCCACCCUGAGACAAAAUCAGAUGAAGCUGAAUCCGAAGAAAUGUGUCUUCGGCGUGAGGUCUGGAAAAUUUUUAGGUUUCAUGGUCAGCAAGAGGGGGAUUGAUGCCAAUCUCGCCAAAGUACAAGCAGCUCUUGAUCUUCCCGAGCCGAAGACGAAAAGGGAUAUCCAGCGCCUUACGGGGAGAAUGACCGCUUUGUCCCGAUUCAUCUCAAAAGCCUCGGACAAAGGUCUGCCCUUCUUCAAGGCGCUUAAAUUUUCGAAAUCAAAGCAGCUCCGGGAGCACUUGGCAAAUCUUCCAACGCUGGCAAGACCAGCUGAAGGGGAAAUCUUGUACUUAUGCGUAGCAGAUAGCCCUACUACGGUGAGUGCGGUGCUGCUGAAGGAAGAGGAAAAAGUUCAGCAACCGAUCUACUUCGUCAGUCAUACUUUGACUGACGCCGAAACGCGCUACCCUUUGCUCGAAAAAGUCGCAUAUGCAGUGGUGGUAGCAGCUCGGAAGUUAAGACCUUAUUUUGAUUCGCAUCAGAUUGUGGUCCUAACAGAUCAACCGGCGGAGAAAGUCCUCGGCAAGGUGGAAAAAUCAGGCAGACUAACAAAGUGGGCCUUCGAGCUCACCGAGUUCAGCAUAAGCUACCAGCCGAGGGCAGCAAUAAAAGCCCAGGCCCUAGCAGACUUCCUAGCCGAAUGUUCCUAUCAGGAAACACUCGACGAAGGGAAGGGGACUUGGACUGUAUUCACGGAUGGCUCAGCCACCGUAAAUGGCUCGGGAGCUAGGGUGGUAAUCACCUCUCCCGAGGGCAAAAACUUCGAGUAUGCACUCAAGUUCUCAUUUAAGGCUUCUAACAACGAAGCAGAAUAUGAAGCAGCAGUUGCUGGCUUAGAAUUGUGCAUAGCUCUCGAAGCCGAACAUAUCUGUCUGAAGACAGACUCUCAUCUAGUCGCUAACCAGAUUCGGGGCGAGUAUGAGGCCAAAGAACCCUCCAUGAUCUCCUAUCUUGCCAAGAUCAAAUCAGUUAUAGCGAAGCUGAGAACUUUUGAGAUCGAGCUGAUCCCAAGGGGUCAGAAUGCUCAAGCCGAUGCACUCUCUAAACUCGCAAGUUCAACUCUUACAGAGCUGAAUCGGUCCGUAUAUGUGGAGGUGCGCCGAAACAGAAGCAUCGACCCAGAAGUUGAGGUUCAGUGCGCUGAGGUGGAGCCUAGCUGGAUGGACCCCAUCUUGGCUUACAAGCUGCAAGGAACGUUGUCCGAGGACAGGAACUUGGCAGCAAAAACGAAAAGGGUAGCCUCAAGGUUCAUCGUCUACAAGGGGGAGCUGCUGAAAAAAUCCUUUUCAGCCCCACUGCUAAAAUGUGUGGGUCCCCCAGAUGCGGAUUACAUCCUUCGGGAGAUCCACUUUGGCAUCUGUGGAAACCACAUUGGGGGGAGGACCCUAGCCCAUAAGGCACUACGGGCAGGAUACUAUUGGCCAACUAUGAUUCAAGACGCUAAGGACUUGGUGCGGAAAUGCGAAAAAUGUCAAAAAUUUGCACCCGUUAUUCACAGGCCUUCAAGGGACCUUCAGCCGAUACUGAAUCCACUCCCCUUUGCCCAAUGGGGGUUAGAUAUUUUAGGACCAUUCCCCGAGGCUCUCUACCAGAAAAAAUGGCUGAUAGUUGGAAUAGACUAUUUCAACAAAUGGAUAGAAGCCGAAGCAGCUUCAAACAUAACUGAGCAAACUGUCAGGAAAUUCAUCUGGCAGAAUAUCAUCACGCGCUUCGGCAUCCCAAAAGUGCUCGUCUUCGAUCACGGAAGACAAUUUGACAAUCUGUCGCUGAGGCGGUACACCGACCAGUUCGGCAUAAAACUGGCGUACUCAGCAGUCUGCCAUCCUCAGAGUAAUGGCCAGGCCGAAGCUGCAAAUAAACAAAUACUCAACGCUCUCAAAAAGAGAGUUGAAGAUCAAAAUUCCAAGUGGAUAGAGGAACUUCCCGGAACUCUAUGGUCACUUCGGACAACCGAAAAAGAGGCCACGGGGCAUUCACCUUUUGAAUUGGUGUAUGGGUCCGAAGCCGUUCUACCAGUGGAAAUUGGCUCAGAAAGCCUCUGA